GAGAGAGUCAGUCGCAAAUUCGCAAAUCUUUCCCUUGUGCCGUCGCUGCACAUACUUUCGUUUUAAAUGUUUUUAUUUACGCCAGUGGCGUAAAUGUUAGUAAACAAACCGAAAGUUCUUGAUUGAAAAGAAUAUAAUUCGCCAUAUAGAAGUGCUAUUUAUUGGCGAUGGAAGUGCAAGAGUUUUGUGAAAAUCUGGAGGAGAUCGAAGAUGAAACCUUUGACGAGGAAAAAUCUGCUAGGACUUCAGAUGAAAAUCGCAAGCAAAACCACAGCGAGAUCGAGAAGCGUCGAAGGGAUAAGAUGAAUACAUACAUAAACGAGCUUUCCUCAAUGAUCCCCAUGUGCUUUGCGAUGCAGCGGAAACUGGACAAGCUGACUGUGCUGCGGAUGGCGGUGCAGCAUCUACGGGGAAUUCGUGGCAGCGGCAGCUUGCAUCCUUUCAACGGAUCCGACUACCGACCGAGUUUUCUGUCGGACCAGGAACUCAAGAUGAUCAUCCUGCAGGCCUCAGAGGGAUUCCUGUUUGUAGUGGGUUGUGAUCGCGGACGCAUCCUGUACGUUUCCGAUUCAGUGUCCAGUGUGCUAAACAGCACUCAAGCUGAUUUACUUGGUCAGAGCUGGUUCGACGUCCUGCACCCAAAAGAUAUUGGCAAGGUCAAGGAGCAACUGUCGUCGCUGGAGCAGUGUCCCCGAGAAAGGCUCAUCGAUGCAAAGACUAUGUUGCCGGUAAAAACCGACGUCCCGCAGAGCUUAUGCCGCCUGUGUCCCGGUGCCCGUCGAUCGUUCUUCUGCCGCAUGAAACUACGCGCCGCCAACAACAAUCAAAUUAAGGAGGAAUCAGACACAUCAUCCAGCUCUCGAAGCUCUACGAAACGCAAAUCAAGGUUGAGUACGGGCCACAAGUACCGAGUGAUUCAGUGCACCGGCUACUUAAAAUCUUGGACACCCAUCAAGGAUGAGGAUCAGGACGGUGACAGUGACGAGCAGACAACGAAUCUCUCCUGCCUGGUGGCGAUUGGUCGUAUUCCUCCCAACGUCCGCAAUUCUACCGUACCCGCUUCGCUGGACAAUCAACCAAACAUUCGGCACGUGCUUUUCAUCUCGAGACACUCCGGCGAGGGAAAAUUCCUUUUUAUUGAUCAGCGUGCCACCCUUGUGAUCGGCUUCCUUCCUCAGGAGAUUCUUGGAACCAGUUUCUACGAGUACUUUCACAACGAGGAUAUUGCCGCACUAAUGGAGUCCCACAAGAUGGUAAUGCAGGUGCCGGAGAAGGUCACCACGCAGGUCUAUCGCUUCCGAUGCAAGGACAACAGCUACAUUCAGUUGCAAAGCGAGUGGCGGGCCUUCAAAAAUCCCUGGACUAGCGAGGUUGACUACAUAAUUGCUAAGAACUCGGUCUUCUUAUAAGGCAUACGACAGUUCCUGUUGGGAACGAAUCCAAAUCUUACACACAUUUCCAAAGAUCAUCUUCCGCAUCGUGUUGCUGGCGCCGGCGGUUGAAAUAUCAUAUUCGAUGUACAAACUCUAGUAAUGAUAAGCUCAACAUUUUUGUACCACACCAAUUAAAGAACUUUAAAAAGAGA